AACAUUGGUACACAUUUCCUCACACAUUAUCUAAAAUAGUCAUUCUCUGGCCAUUACUAGAAGAAGCCACUUUAUUUCAAUCUUUUGCUCUUUCUUUCGUUUUCAAAAUAUCCAAAACCCAAAUGGCCACUGCUGCACCACCUCCACAUCCUCCUCCUCCUCCGUCUACCUCAACCGUUCAACAAGGCUCCAAUCCAUUACGCUUCCCAGUCUUCACCCGUAUCCGCCUAGCCCAACCCACUGACGUUCCUCAUAUCCACAAAAUGAUCCACCAAAUGGCAGUGUUCGAGCACCUAACUCAUCUUUUCUCCGCCAGUGAAGCCUCUCUCUCCUCUACGCUCUUCACCUUUCCACCAUUUCAAUCCUUCACCAUCUUCAUCCUCGAGGUCUCGUCGUUGCCCUUCGUUGAGGACAUAAUUCACCAUAACAAUCCUCUUUAUCAGCCCAAAGUCCAGGUUGUCAAUCUUGAUCUCCCAAUAAAGGAUCUAGAAAGGGAGACCUUCAAAUCGACUGGUUCAAGUUCUGAUGUCAUCAUUGCUGGAUUCGUUUUGUUCUUCCUACACUACUCGACAUUUUUGGGGAAGCCAGGAUUUUACGUGGAGAACUUAUUCGUGAGGGAGUGUUAUAGGAGGAAAGGAUUUGGGAGGAUGUUACUAAGCAUGGUGGCGAAGCAAGCGGUGAAGAUGGAUUACGGAAGAGUGGAGUGGGUGGUGCUCGAUUGGAAUAUGAAUGCGAUUAAGUUCUAUAAGGAAAUGGGAGCUGAAAUUUUGCAAGAAUAUAGGUUUUGCAGGCUCACUGGUGAUGCCCUCCAAGCUUAUGGUAAUGUUCAUUAGGGUUUUACUUAUACUUUUGUGCAUGUGUGUUUCUUUGGUUUGGUGGUGAAAUGGAGAAUUUCUCUUAUUUAUGUUAGAGCUAGAAAUGAAAGACAGUAAUGCCAUAUUAUGUGUUCUAUUUAAUUGAAACAUGUACUAUUUUUUAAAACCUUUGUAAUUCUAAUCUCGAAAAAGCUACCUUAAUCCAAGGUUGUUCUUUAUUGUAAUAUGUAAUUGCUUUUGAGUAUUUAAUACACUUUGUGUAAAUAUAUCUAUA